AUGGCGGUUGGUAAAAGUAAGAAGAUAAUCAAAAAAGGUACGAAAAAGAAGGUUAUAGAUCCGUUUACACGUAAAGAAUGGUAUGAUGUUAAAGCACCAGCGAUGUUUACAAAUCGCAAUAUUGGAAAAACACUUGUUAAUCGAACCCAGGGAACAAAAAUAGCUAGUGAAGGGCUUAAGGGACGUGUUUUCGAAGUGUCCUUAGGAGACCUCAAUAAUUCUGAAUCUGAUUUCCGCAAAUUUCGGCUAAUUUGCGAAGAUGUACAGGGACGUAAUUGCUUAACCAACUUCCAUGGCAUGACAUUUACUCGUGACAAGCUCUGCUCAAUUACUUUAAUUGAAGCCAAUACUGCUGUAAAAACUUCAGACGGUUAUCUCCUGAGGUUGUUUUGCAUUGGCUUUACCAAAAAAUGCCAAGGGCAGAUGAAGAAAACUAGUUAUGCAAAAACUUCGAAGAUCAAGUCAAUUCGCGCGAAGAUGAUUUCACACAUACAAGCGGAGGUUCAAGGAAGUGACCUUCGCGAAUUAUGCAACAAGCUGAUUCCUGAUUCCAUAGGCAAAGACAUUGAGAAGGCUUGCUCAUAUAUUUAUCCUUUACAAGAUGUAUACAUAAAGAAAGUGAAAAUAUUGAAAAAACCAAAGUUUGAUCACAGUCGGUUAAUGGAGAUGCAUGGUGAUAUCGGAUCUCACACAAAUCCAGAAGGGGAAAAAGUUGAUCGACCUGACGAUUAUGAGCCGCCCGUGCAAGAAACUGUUUAA